GCUAUAAAUGACUAGUUACAUGGAAAACAAAACCUAACUCUGAAUAUAGGCUCUCACAGUCACAACAGGGGACAACACUUAACAGAUCAGUACAACUGCACUAAAGAGAUGGAACGAAGAGGGACGACUCGGAGGACUUUGUUCUUGUUGACACUCUGUCUGCAAUCCUUUACUGGUCAAUGCCAAGAUUCAGGCCAGUCCUCUGACCUCAGGAUAGUUCUGGUGGGAAAGACUGGAUCAGGGAAGAGUGCAACAGGAAACACCAUCCUGGGGAGAGAGGUGUUUAACGUGGAGGCUUCUCCAGUGUCUGUGACUGCAAAUUGUGAGAAACAGAGUGGAGUGGUGGAUGGGAGGAAGAUUGAUGUCAUCGACACCCCGGGACUCUAUGACACAACAAUGUCUAAAGCAGAGAUGAAAGGUGAAUUAGAAAAGGCCUUCUAUAUGUCAGUCCCAGGACCUCACGCCUUCCUGCUGGUGAUCAGACUGGGGAGGUUCACAGAGGAGGAGAGGAACACUGUGAAGUGGAUCCAGGAGAACUUUGGAGAAGAUGCCUCAAUGUACACCAUUUUACUGUUCACUCAUGGAGAUCAACUGGAGGGGAAAUCAGUGGAGGAGUUUCUGACACAGAGCCCAGAGCUACGGCGGCUUGUCACCAGCUGUGGGGGCAGAUAUCACUCCCUAAUCAAUGACAAGAGAAGAGACAACACUCAGGUUACAGAGCUGCUGGAGAAGAUAGAGGAGAUGGUGGAGUACAAUGGAGGGAAACACUACACCAGUGCUGACUAUGAAGAGACUCAGAGAAAGAUCAGAGAGGAGAUGAUGUUUUACUGUAAACUGGCAGCGUACGGCAGUCUAGCUACAACAGGACUAGGGAUGUUUUAUGCGUCACCAGUAUUGGUGGCAGCAGGUAUAACCGCAGGCCUCAGCCAAGGGUUUGAAUGCACUAAGGAGAUGCUAGGCGUUUAAAACACCAGGGGUGCGUUCAGUUGGUCUUAACGUUUCACUACAUAUGGCAACGGUACUUACUGAAUGAUUAAACAGUUCUUUCAAAACCA